AUGGGGCUGCAUGAUCGGUUGAAUGAAAUCUACGUGCACAUGAUGAAUGACAACCCAUCGCGUGCCCACCUCUGGCGGACCCAGCUACUGAGGAGUGCGUUCCCCGACUUGCAGACGUCUGCAAUAAUUCCCACAGAAGUAAUGUGCCCCAAGAACGCUUCGGAGGGUAAGGUUCGUCAGCUGUACAGCAAGUUCUACAGGGAGUUUCUUCAGGGAUCUAUUUCGUCGCUUCUGCAAGAGUUGACUCAGGAUGAAGCAAGAACAUGCGCUUCAGAGCUGCACCGGAUCUACAUCCAAGCCGGGAAUCUGCAGAACCGUUUACAGACCCACGCCGCUCGCUUCGAGUGGUGCGAGCCAAGUGAAUGUGCUGGGCUUACGUUCACAGUGGACUCCGAAUGGUUCAAGGCAGACCACCGCCACCGGCUCGAAGAUGACGAAGACUCCAGCCACGAUGGUCAGACAAUCAGCAUUGUCCUGAGCCCACCUGUCACCAUCUCAGGAGAUCACAACGGAGAGAAUUACGACAAGUUCCGGGUGGUAGCCAAGGGUCUUGUCUACCUUCAAGACCUGUCAUUUCCGAAGGACCUCACGCACGCGGGGCGCCUUGGUGGUUAUCAUCAGGAAGACGAAGAUGAAGAUGGGCACGUGUUCAUCGGAUAA